ACAACGAUGAGGAGAAAUAGUGCCCCGAUGCGUGUUAAGAGUUGACUUCAUGUAGUCUAUAGGCUACCAGCGGAUUUUGGAAAGAUGCACCGAUGUCACAGUCCGCAUCACUUCCAAUUCCACUUGGUGCCGUUUCGCUCGCGUAGCGCGCACUUGACAGAGUGACUUGACAGUCAGAGGCGGGCCCUAAUGCAGGAGGAGGCAGGCCGGUGUUUUUCCACUGCCGCGGAUGUCUCAUGUCCCCCCUGUUCCGAGAGACAAAGGUCAGAAAGAGAGGCUUAUAAACACUCUAAAAUAUAGUCCACCGACGCGUCCAGCCCUCAGUCGCUCUCACGGACACAGGAGGACACGGACAAGACGAACCGUGCAAGGGACCACGCUCAAAGGACAUUAAAAGGACAAAAUAAUAUACAAAAUUACAUCUACAGAGCAGAAUGGCUCAAAAAGAGAAACUUCAGUGCCUGAAGGAUUUCCAUAAGGACACUCUGAAGCCGUCUCCUGGUAAAAGCCCUGGCACCCGGCCUGAAGACGAGGCAGAGGGCAAACAUCCCCAGCGGGAGAAGUGGGCCAGCAAGUUGGACUUUGUUCUGUCUGUAGCUGGCGGCUUUGUUGGUUUAGGGAACGUCUGGCGUUUCCCGUACCUCUGCUACAAGAAUGGUGGAGGUGCAUUUCUCAUCCCCUACUUCAUUUUCCUGUUUGGCGGAGGUCUGCCGGUCUUCUUCCUGGAGGUUGCCCUGGGUCAGUUCACCUCUGAGGGUGGCAUCACCUGCUGGGAGAAGCUCUGCCCCAUCUUUACUGGUAUUGGUUAUGCCUCAGUCGUGAUCGUGUCCCUGCUGAAUAUCUACUACAUUGUCAUCCUGGCCUGGGGCCUCUACUACCUGUUCCAGUGUUUUCAGCCGGAGCUGCCCUGGGCCAAGUGCAAUCAGUCCUGGAACACCGAUCGCUGCAUUGAGGACACCUACCGCAAGAACAAAUCCCUAUGGCUGGCCGCCAACGCCACCAACUUCACCUCCCCUGUCACCGAGUUCUGGGAACAUAAUGUGCUGGGUAUCACCAGUGGUAUAGAGGAUAUUGGUCCUGUUAAAUGGGACCUGGCUCUGUGUUUACUGCUCGUCUGGGUCAUCUGCUUCUUCUGCAUCUGGAAGGGAGUCAAGUCCACUGGCAAGGUGGUCUACAUCACAGCCACGUUCCCAUUUGUCAUGCUCAUCGUGCUGUUGAUUCGUGGCGUAACACUGCCCGGUGCUGCUGCGGGCAUCAAGUUCUACCUGUACCCUGACCUCGCUCGUCUGAAGGACCCAGAGGUAUGGAUUGAUGCCGGCACCCAGAUCUUCUUCUCCUAUGCCAUCUGUUUGGGCGCCAUGACAUCCUUGGGGAGCUACAACAAGUACAAAUACAAUUGCUACAGGGACUGUUUGCUGCUGGGAGCCCUCAACAGUGGUACCAGUUUUGUGUCUGGCUUCGCAAUAUUUUCCGUCCUGGGCUUCAUGGCACAAGAGCAAGGGGUGGACAUUGCUGAUGUGGCAGAGUCAGGCCCAGGCCUGGCGUUCAUUGCCUACCCUAAAGCUGUUUCCAUGAUGCCUUUUCCUACAGUCUGGGCAAUUCUCUUCUUCAUUAUGCUGCUGCUGCUGGGCCUCGACAGUCAGUUUGUGGAGGUGGAAGGGCAGAUCACAUCACUGGUGGAUCUGUAUCCGUCCUUCCUAAGGAAGGGUUACCGCAGAGAGAUCUUCAUCGCUAUCAUCUGCUGCAUCAGCUACCUGCUUGGACUUACCAUGGUUACCAAGGGUGGCAUGUAUGUUUUCCAGCUGUUUGAUUACUAUGCAGCUAGCGGUGUGUGCCUUCUGUGGGUGGCAUUCUUUGAAUGUAUAGCUGUUGCCUGGGUUUAUGGCGUUGAUAAUUUCUAUGAUGCACUUGAGGACAUGCUUGGCUACAGACCAAAUCGUUGGAUGAAAUGGAGCUGGAGUUUCAUCACUCCUUUACUGUGCAUGGGCUGCUUUAUCUUCUCCUUGGUCAAAUACAAGCCGCUGACAUACAACAAGGUCUACGAGUAUCCGGACUGGGCCAUCGGAAUAGGUUGGACUCUGGCCCUGACCUCCAUGAUCUGCAUCCCCAUGGUGGUUGUCAUCAAGAUCAUCCGAUCUGAUGGGCCGCUCAUUGAGAGGAUCAAGGCGGUGGCCGCCCCGGUUCGCGGCGGGGCCAGCUCUCGUCCUGCAGACCACCGUGGCCUCAAGGAGCUCUCCUACCCGCUGGACCCCAACGGGAACAAGGGCCUGCUGAUGAAGGCCCCCACCCACACCAUUGUAGAAACCAUGAUGUAAAGGAAUGAGGCGGAGGCUCUCCAUGAGAUCGCUCUCCUCUCCUCUCCUGUCCUGUCCUCUCAAACGCUUCUAAAGCUAGCUAGUUCUCUGUCUAUCUGUCUGUCUGUCUGUCUGGUGGACUGAUAAGGGUUUUAAGGAAAAAAAAAAAAAAUAGGUUCCCAUUUCAAAUGUUGUAGGAAUACUUUGGAAGUAGUUUGCUCUCGGUGGGUUUUCUUAAGAGGGUGGCAAUCACAUUUCAAAUCUUUUUCUGAAUGACUGGUGCUGGUCCUUUUUUUUCCCUCCUAUUUGUAACAUCCAUGUGACUACAUGUCCCACUAUUGUCUUGUUUACAGGCAGAGUGGCAAAUGCGCACCAGCCUCUGGUCAUCCGCUGGUACCUAUCUAUGUUUUGUUACACCAGCUACUUUUGCAGAAAACCAGCCAUUGUUCUAAAAAAAAAAAAAAGAAAAGAAAAAAAAGAAGGAAGAAGUGGUUAUUGAGUCUUGGAAUCAAACAGCCUUUUGUAGCCACAAAAUGGGAAAAAAGAGAGGUUUCUGACAUUGAUCACAGAUCACCAGUUUUUGGCGCUGUUCUUGGAAUACAACAGCUCUUUGUCUGCAUUUCAGUGAACACGGUGCACUUAUCUGAGCGCGUGUGCCGUAGGGUUCGACUUUGGCUUUUUCUGUUCCGCUGCGUUCAGCAGAGGCCCAGUUGAGAUGAGGCCGAAGAUCGAGGCACUGCAGGAACAGCGUUAUUAAUUAAGAAACGUGUUUUCUACCCAUGUCACAAUUAGACAUAGACGGGUAUAAAGUCCCCCUUCAGUAAUCAGACCUCCGGAUUGUGAUAUUUCAGCUGCACAAGGCAAGAUGUUUUCGUGAGAAAUGUGACCAAACUUUACCAUCCUAAAUUUCAAAAUGUGGCUGUCGCAGGGGAAGUUUCCCAAUCCUACGAAUGGUACAACCUGUAGAUUGAUUGUUUUUUUGUUUUUUUUUUCUUUCUGUGUUCUCACUUGGAGCUCCUAAUACACAACAUUGCCUGGUGCAGCUAAAAAGAAAGAUUAAACAAAUAGUAUAAUUGACACAGCAGUGAUAGCCGAUGACUCUUAUCAAACCAGGGUAUCCUGUUUGUUUUUUUUAAAUGCACCUUAGCACAAAUAUCCCCAUCUUCCAUAGCCAUAAGCUAUGGGACAAAGAGAGAACUUGCACUGAAACUCGCUCCUGCACAGAGAGAGAGGUAUCUGAAAGGAUUUGAAGUGUGGAGGUUGAACCCUUGAGUGUGUUGUCUGUGGCGUACUGUACAGUAGUAGCUAAACAGUCUGUAUCUAUCUCUUUAUCUAUCUUUCUCUGUCCUAGACCAGUUUACAGUACAUUAGUGACUGCUAUAGGCACUCUUGGCUUACAAUUUUGGAUUGGAUUUGUUUUAUUUUCCACAGAGGAAGUCACAUUAUUAGUUGGUUUUUUUUUCUUCCUCUGUAAAUGUUUAGAUUUUUUUAUUUUUAUUAUUAAGACUAUAAUGUUAUUGGUAUUCACUAUUGACGAUAAGUGCUGUAGUUUUACAUAGAAGAAGGAACACUUCUUUCAUCGGGUGAAAAUACUAAGCUAUUAUACAAAUCAUGCAUUUACAGUGGCAGCCAUUGUAGUAAUAAUCCUACAUCAUUCAUUUCUCCAGCGGUGGUGCGGCCAACCGUUCCGUCUUUGGCAUCAAACCAACCACAAUUUUUCCCAAAUAUUUUCUCUUGUGUAGUUCAAUGUACAGUAAAAACAGAAGGGAAUUCUACAAUGGCUCCAUCUGUAAGUUCGUAGGUGUUGGGGGUUUAUAGCUUUUCUGUAAAUACCAGGGGACAGUAUUUAAUUUGGAUACAUUCAGCCAGACCAAUGGUAAAAAAGCAACUAUUGGUUGGGUCCCGCUCCCGACAAAUCAGCCAGACCGUCGACUCGUCUGAGUGUCAAACUCCUUUCCAGACGCUGUGAAAUGUGGCAGCUGGCUGCAGACAAAUCCGAGCCAGGGAAUGACAGUUUGGUCACGUCUUCCCCACAGUCAUCACGUCUCUUCCCCCUCACUCAAAAUGAGGGCUGAAAGCUUCAUUUCAAAAGAAGGAACCCCAACGGGUGUAAAAAGCAAUUAAACGGCAUGCAGAUGCAAGUUUUAGAAUUUGAACCCAGUGCACCUUAAAUUCCCUGCACUGGGCACUGGGUGUCGAUCAUCAUUUGAGAUAAUUAGAAUGAGUUUUUUUUUGCAUAGCAACUAUAAGUAAAUACAUUUCUACCACCAAAACUUGAAAUUUUGUGUAAAGUCAGACUCAGACUUUGUAAGACCUUAAAAUGCUGCCGCCUGGAAUUCAAACCAAAAAACAAACCACAAUGGAGAGAGUAGUAAACUAAACUUCAGAUCGAAUAUAAGCUGUGAAAUUGGGCACCAUAUAAUAUAAGAUGUAUACGAAAAUGACACUGGGAAGUAAUGUCUGACACCCCUAAAACCUGUACUUACAUACAACAUAUGUCGAUGCAUUUAGAGCUCAUUUAAAAUGUCUUUAGACGGCCAUAAUGUUGUCGAUGUGAGCCUUUAACAACUGAAAGCAGACUGUCUAAGAAGUAUGACGUUACAACUGUUGCAUUCACUUUAAUAUGUCUGUGUAACGUGUAUAUGUAUCACCAGUGUCCCGUUUCCUAUAGCUGCAUUAACCCAGUGUCGGGAAAUUUAGACUUUUAACUGUGGUAGCAAACAAAAUUUAUGUUUUUGUCCAGCUUGAAAGGCCAUUAGAUCAGUUCUUUGCCACACACAAUGGAAAAUCACAACUUAACUGCCUAGGUUUUCCACAAUCGAAGGAAAACGUACGGAAAGGGUGAGUCAGAGUCAGUUUUUAAUUGCACCUUAUUUGUAUAAUAAUAUAACUUUAUAUCAAACUAUGAGGCCAAAAAGAAAAGAAAACACUGCCAUCUUUUAAUUCAGGGCCCUCAUUGGCCUCCAAACAAAUCCGAAUACUGUCAAAACCCUUAAGCUUUUAGCUUUAGGUGCUUCUGUUCGCCCCCAAAAGCAGACCUAUUAAAAUAGAUCAAAAUGUUCAUAAACUAUUCAUUCAUGUCAAGUACUCUAUACACUUACACAUGCAUUGCAGGAAUUUGACCAACGGGGCCUCAUUUUACAUCCUCUAAGAUUCUGAUUAUUUCUUUUGUCAGUUUAUUUGAUUUCUUCAAAUGGAAUACAAUAGUUCAUAUCAUUAAAGGGGGAUUUGUGAAACCAAAUCCACAGCAGACAUCUAUUUUUCAUACAGUGACAAACUUUUCCUAUAUGAGUCGUCUUUGUACAGCUAAGCUCCCAUUGCAGACGUCCCGUUUUAAUACACAAAGCUUCAUUUUAAUCUUAAAACUUUUGUACAGAUCUGGUUCUCGAUUCCCCUUAAGGAUCUUUGCACUUGUGUAAAAAAAAAAAGAAAAAGGAAAUAAUGCUGAAAGGAAAGAUCUGUCAGCAUUUUCCAGUAAGAACAACCGCAUCAGAAGCAUUAAAUAACAUAAAAAAAAAAAAAUGAUUAAUGGCAUUUUGAAAAUCUGAAUUGCACAGAGCACCUAUGGAUAGUUAAAUAAAAUCCGGCUGAUCUUGUUCGAUACUCUCACAACUGAAUAACAUCUUUCCUGAGUGCUGAGAUCUUUGGUGGGGGAAACAUGGACCACAAAUAAUAACUAAUGCAGUCAUUUAUUGGUUUAUUCUGCCUUCGUGUGUGUAUAUUUACACUAUGUACCAGUCCCUCUGCCUUCUUACACUCCCCUUCAGUUAGCCUACGUAAACCUUCCCUUGAUCUAAGCUAACCUUUUUUUAUUUUUUUCUCCGAUAAAAAUGAAUUUGCAAGAGAAUCGAAGCAUUAGCGAUGCACAAGUUUUUACCGCCGAAUGUUUAAAAAUGUGAAAGUCACCUGCGGGGUGAAUGUAAACGUUUCUGAAGAUUUAUUUUUUAGGGUGAGGAAAAAUUUGCUUUCUUGUAUUUCUUUUAGUUAUUGAUCGUGUUUUCAUUGACUUCAGCAGUUUCUUGUUUUGAGUUGAUUUUUGAUUGUGUGUCUGUCACGUUUGCCUUUUUGUAUUCCAAAUAUAGUGUAUUGUGAACCUCUGUCGUUGGAGUGACAUGCACAACUAUCAAUCAAAAAGAAAAAAAAACUAGCAAAAAAAAAAAAAAAAAGCUACGAUUUGUUACGUGCAAUACUUUGUAGAAUACUUUUUAUUUUUCUUGCUGUUUUUCCAAGAGGUGGUACUGACCUUUUGUAACACUUCAAGACGAUAGCCUAUGAAUUCUUGAUAAAUGAAAUUUUAAUCUUUAAGGGUCCAUUUCAAUUUAAAACCCUGCCACAAAAUGCUCUGCAGUGUGGAACUAAAAAGCAAACUAAACUUCUACUCCAACAAAGAUCUUGUGGUUUGAAAUGCACUGAGAAGGAUACUAAUCCGUUGUCACAUCAAACUGAAGCAAAAUGCAAAAUAUAUUUUUUUUUAUUUUGUUGUGACACACUGCUGAAGUUGUGCGUUUGUGAGGGGUAUGAAACACAGUAACACUGCCACUAAGCCCACCUUCCUCCUACCUGCCUAUGUUUAUCUCAGUACUGCCAUGUUGUCAAAAAAAAAAAUAAUAAUCAGGGCAGCUUUCCAAAAGCACGCCGCCACCAAAGUUCACCAUUUCUAAUCUACUAACACAUCAGCGAUAUUUGGUAAAUCUAACCAGUCCCCUAUAAGGCUUGUACAUCUUAUUUGCUCGCGAUGGAGCAAAUACCUUUUUCAUUUCGGCUGCUUUUGGGAAGCCUGCCCCGCAGCAGCAAAAGCGGUACAUAUAAAAACCUUGAUUACACCAUAUCAAAUGUGGGCUUUUCUUUCAAAACCUUGUAUGCAAUUUCUACAUUCUGCUUCUUCAGACAUUUCUAUCUAAAUCCAACUCCACUUCGCCAAACCCUGCAACCUUUAGUGCUUUAUCAAAGAAACGGAAGAACCAAACUACAUCUACACAGGAACAGAUAACCUGAUUGGAAAUCCCAUGUCGCCUACAUCGUGUUUGGGUGUGUGUGUGCAUUCCUGGUACGAAAACACCACCAUAUCUGCAGGAUUCGGGAUCAGAUUUUCUGUUUCUGCGAUACAGAUGCAACAUUAGACAAUACAAAUGUGAUCUUCGGUCUAUAGAGGUGACCCAAAACUGCGACUGCGUGGCUGCGAAGGAAGAUAAAUGGGGCUCCGUUUCCUUAAUGCGAGGAUCGUCUUGGUCCUUUGGUUGAAAGUUUGAAAAAGAUGUCUCACUCAGAGAACCAUAUCUAUGAUGUAACCCAAUUUACAGUUUUUGGCAUUCAUAGCUUUGAUUAAAGAUUUGACUUUUGGGGACGAGAGAAUGAAACACAAAGCUGUAAAAUCAUCUUUCCUCCUAUUUUUAACUGAAACAAUGGAGAUCUCAGCGCUAAGUCCUCUGGGAAAUGGAGUCCCACUCAUCCUUCCCAUCCUCUCUGUCGCAAGAUUCAUUCUGACAGGCUUCCCUGCAUUAUACUGUAUGCCAGCCCUUCCUUUUUGAGAAUGUACAUGAGAAAAUGUUUUUUUAAUUCUUGAUGAAGAAAAAAACAUUUUUUAAAGAAUUUGAAAGGUUUUAUUUUUAUUUCUAUGGCCAACCUGUAAGCUAGGUAGAAAAAAUAAAUAAAUAUGUGUUUGAACAGGUUUUACGAACGUGUAAAACAUUUUUUUUAUUUCUUAAUAAAAAAUGUGUCUUCAGAAAA